CAGACUAUUAAAGCCAAUUCUGGUUCGUCUCUUUCACUAGCUAAAAGCUAAAGGCGGAACAAAAAGAAACCCUAGCUUCCCUUGUACCUUCCUCUGUUCCAAACCAUGUCGAAGAGAAAGACAAAAGAGCCAAAGGUUGAGACAUCUCUUGGACCAACUGUUCGUGAAGGAGAGAACGUCUUUGGAGUUGUUCACAUCUUUGCUUCAUUCAACGACACUUUCAUUCAUGUGACUGAUUUGUCUGGACGGGAAACACUUGUUCGCAUCACUGGUGGAAUGAAGGUGAAAGCCGACAGAGACGAGUCCUCACCUUAUGCAGCUAUGCUUGCUGCACAAGAUGUCGCUCAGCGAUGCAAGGAACUUGGAGUCACUGCGAUACACGUGAAGCUCCGUGCCACUGGUGGAAACAAGACCAAGACCCCUGGACCUGGUGCUCAGUCUGCACUAAGAGCCCUUGCUCGUUCUGGCAUGAAAAUUGGCCGCAUUGAGGAUGUGACUCCUAUCCCAACCGACAGUACCCGCAGAAAGAGUGGAAGAAGAGGAAGGAGGCUGUGAGUUAUUUGGCCUCUCGUUGGAUCUCUUUAUGUAGCUUUCUCAAUGUUUCAUUUUGUUUUUUUUAGAUUGAAAAGAGUUUUCGAAUUACUAUGCUUUGUUAUAGUCUCUGCUAUAUGACCAUAAGAUAUUCAAUAAUUGUUAGUCAUUUUAUCUCAUAAACACCUUGGAUUAUUUUGGUU